AUGUUUAUCGCGGCUCUUCUGACCUCAUGGGUUAUCUCAGAGGUCUGAAAUGUGACACUGCAGCUGGCUCGUGUCUCGGCUCUUCUUCCUUUUUCUUUUGCUUUUGAGUCACGACCAAACAUUUUUUGUCACAUAACUGGGAAUUCCAGACUCUGGUUCCAAAACGAAAAAUCCAUAACUGGAAAAUCUCCUCUUCCUUAACCCGACUCCAUGAGAGUAAAAGUCAUGUGGAACCCUGGGUAACAUUCGCUGUUGGUGAAACUGAAGCGUGUGCAUUCAGAUUAUGACACAGAGGGAAAAAAUGACUUAUUACUGUAACUCUGCUUCCCCCAGAAACGACACGCGUGCUGUUCAAGAGAACUCUGAGAGCUGCUUCAAGUGUUCAAGGGUCAAGGUCUGAGGCCGAACAGGAGUGUGCAGAACAAAACCUCUGAAAACUAUCUCACUAACAUCUGCUCAGAGCUCCAGCCUAAUAAAAACUCAAGAAUGCUGCGAGUCUGUGUGCUUUACUGCUUAUGGGGCUACUUCACUUUUUCCAUAUGCUGCAGCAGCGUGGACGCUCUGGCAGUGUGGGACCCUCACGGUUCAGCUUCCAACACAUUUUGUCUCCGCUCCAAAUAUAUAAAUGCACACAUCCAGCCGAAACUGUGCUACACUCCACACACCAUGCAGAGCAGCUCGUGCAAUUAGGCGGCGGCGUGCAGGCCCUUUGUCCCUCCGAGCGCCGCCUGCUAUUCGUGGUGCAGAAUCUGUUUCAGGCUGCAGCUUUGGGAUCCUUCUGCCUCGGAUUUGCCACGUAUUUCCAGAGCAGGAGACUGGGCUCACCGGUGCGUUUCUCAUGGCGAUGUGAAAUAGUGUGAGAGAGCUCCUCUGUGUGUGUGUGUGUGUGUGUGUGUGUGUGUGUGUGUGUGUGUGUGUGUGUGUGUGUGUGUGCACAGGAAGCACAAUGUCACCUUGACUACAAUCUACAGGAGGCAUUGAGGGCGCACCGCAUCUGUACAGCACUGGACAGAGAAGCAGAGAGGGAGUAGAAGGUAUUUGCGUGCGUCUCGGAGUGUGUGUGAGAGAAUAUGCCAAAUGUGUGAGUGUGAAUGUGUGUGUGAGAGAGAGAGAGAGGGAGAGGGAGAGAGAGAGAGACUGAGGCGGGUAUAGCUCUCUCAGACAGCUCACAGCGCUGGAGGAUCCCUCUUCAGAUCCAGGCGGAGCGACGCAGAGAUGUCAGGCGCAGCACACACAGAGGAAGGCGAGUACUUCCUGAAGGUUUUGAUUCCCAGCUAUGCGGCCGGUUCAAUCAUCGGGAAAGGAGGUCAGACCAUCGUCCAGCUGCAGAAAGAGACCGGAGCCACCAUCAAACUGUCCAAAUCCAAAGACUUCUACCCCGGAACGACAGAGCGGGUGUGUCUGAUCCAGGGGACGGUGGAGGCGCUGAACGGCGUCCAUGACUUCAUCGCUGAGAAGGUGAGGGAGAUGCCUCAGAGCACCCAGAAGACAGAGCCGGUCAGCAUCCUGCAGCCGCAGACCACCGUCAACCCCGACCGCGUCAAACAGGCCAAGCUGAUUGUCCCCAACAGCACGGCGGGGCUGAUCAUCGGUAAAGGUGGAGCUACAGUCAAAGCGGUGAUGGAGCAGUCCGGUGCGUGGGUCCAGCUAUCCCAAAAGCCAGAGGGCAUCAACCUGCAGGAACGCGUGGUCACCAUCAGCGGAGAGCCCGAGCAGAACCGCAAAGCCGUGGAGAUCAUCGUCCAGAAGAUCCAGGAAGAUCCACAGAGCUCCUCCUGCCUCAACAUCUCCUACUCCAACAUCACAGGGCCCGUUGCCAACUCCAACCCCACCGGCUCCCCGUACGCCAACUCCACCGAGGUCAUGCCAGCCGCCGCAGCCGCCGCAGCGGCCACAGCUUCGUCUCUGCUCGGCCAGGCCAGCCUGGCUGGAGUCGGCGCCUUCCCGACCACCAUGUCCAGCCUCUCAGGCAACGACCUGCUGGCCAUCACCUCCGCCCUCAACACUCUGGCCAGCUACGGCUACAACACCAACUCCCUUGGCUUAGGGCUGAAUCCCGCCGCAGCUUCAGGUGUGUUAGCCGCUGUAGCAGCUAAUGCCAACCCAGCAGCAGCCGCCGCGGCUAAUUUGUUAGCAUCCUACGCCAGUGAUGCAUCCACCAGCGCGGCUCACCCGGCGGCUGGUCUCGGAGGCUUCUCCCUGGGAUCCCUGGCUGCAGCUACAGGAGCCACCAACGGCUAUUUGAGUGCCGCAUCGCCACUCGUGGCGUCAUCUCUACUGGCCACGGAGAAGCUCGCAGAAGGAGCGAAGGAAGUGGUCGAGAUCGCCGUGCCGGAAAACCUGGUGGGCGCCAUCUUGGGGAAAGGAGGGAAGACGCUAGUGGAGUACCAGGAGCUGACCGGCGCCAGGAUCCAGAUCUCCAAGAAAGGCGAGUUCAUCCCGGGAACUCGGAACAGGAAGGUGACCAUCACGGGUUCCCAGGCCGCCACACAGGCCGCACAGUACCUGAUCAGCCAGCGAAUCACCUACGAGCAGGGGGUACGUGCCACCAACCCACAGAAGGUGGGCUAAACCUGACAGCCAAUGAGAAACGAGGAGGAAAAGAGGAAAAAAAAAGAGUGGGGGCUUGGGGGAGGAGUAUAAAAAAGUGAAAGUGAGAAUGGAAAAAAAAAAAGGAGAGGAGAGCAAGAAUGUCAGAAGGAAUCGUCCGCGCCGUUUUCUUCUGCGUGUUUUCAGUAUUCUCUAUUAAAAAAAAAAAAAUUUUUGACGCGAAGCAAAAAUGUGCUGAGAAGACGAGGAGAGAGAGGAGCGAGUUAUCACGCUGAAAAACCAAGAAAAAAAUGUGUAACAUGUAAAUAAGGUUUUAUUACUUAACGUCUUGACCUUUCGGGAUUUUUUAUUGUUUUUGUUUCAUUGUUUUUCGUUCUGUUUUAGUAAAUUAAGCUGUCUGUUUGUUCGUUAUGUGUAUUGUGUGGACAAAGCUGAAUGCCAUGUAGACAGGCCGAACCGCCUGAGAGGCUACAGGAGGUGGGGGGGAGGGAGGGAGGGGAGGGAAGGAAGGGAGGAAGGGGGACGGGCGUAGAGGGGGGGAGGGUUUGCGUUUACAGGGUACAACCCUCCGCCCUCCACCCCCCAAACUCCCCCCUUAUGGAAGCCACCCUUAUCCCUCCCUCCCCCUGCAGCCCACACCCGUCACCCUCUCGGAGGGUUUUUGUUUUUCUUCUAGUUAUGAUUUGCCCCUCAGCCCCCCCUCGCCCCGCCUCACCCCCUCAAAGCCCCGCUCACUACUCCCCCCCCCUCCCUCCACCCCUCACCCCCUUUUUAUAAGGGUUUUAUAACGAGCGAGACUGCAAACUUCGGCCUGGUGUGUGAGAGAAGAAACGUCCUCGACUCCCCCCCCUCCUGACACCUUUUAGUCUCUCUCCCCCCUCGGCCUACGAUCUCGCCUCCCCUCCUUCCUCGCCCCUCUGUUUGGGGCGGGGGGGAUGUAGGAAGGGUGAGGUGAAAUUGUGGAGGGAAGGGUGGAGGGGUGGUGUCGGGCAGAGAGGGCGUUUCUUCAUUCGCACACCAACCGAACCCCCCUACCACCACAACCACCCCUACACCCCCCCCGUAUACCCUAUGAUGUAUCCCACAAGCAGUGCAGCGCCACGGGGGUGUUACGGCACGUAGCGCCCCCUCCACACGCAGCUCUAGUGUUUGAGAUAGGACGCCGAGGCGCACGCCGAUGACCUCACGUAGUGCGAAAGCUAGAAAACGACGAGAGUGAUACUGUGCAAGCUGCGGCGAACACACAGGAUCUGUGGCAUUUAUCUGCAGUCUGCUGUGAUCAUUCUGUCAACGAUAAUGUCGUGAUUAUUACGAUAGGAAUCAUCACCAUCGUCAUUAUUUAUUAAUGAGUUCACCCAGAAAAAGCUCAGUUCUUUCUUUUUCUUUUUCUUUUUUCUUUUUUUAUCUGUGAAUUCAGGUUGACAUGAAUGUAAAUGAGACUAUUUUUGAUUUGAAUCUUUUUGUUUUUUAAUUUAAGUGGAUUGAAGAUGAAUAGCAAUGUCACAUAGUGUAAUAUAUGUCUUAUUUAAAUCCAGUAAGAAAGCCGCCCCAGGCAUUAAGAUCAUUACAGUGAAGGAUCACCUUAUAUAUCCAGUCAAAGAGCAGAACAGGGAACACACACACACACACACACACACACACACUGAAACAAAAACACUAUGAUGCCAUAUCUGGUGCUAGAAAAGGGAAUUCACCAUAUCUAUGAUGCAGACUGCAGUGAGACCUCUAGAUUAGCAAGAACAUACCUGUAAACCACUCAUGCCACAGGCUGCAGGGCAGCGUCUUCGCAGCUAUAUUAACCUUAAACGCCCGGUUAUCAUGCUUAUGCUCCAAAAUAUCCCUGCUGUUCUAUAUCUGUAGUAAAACACCCUGUUACAGUUUGCCUACUGCGUAAAAUUGUAACCGAAUAUGAAUAAUUGAGUUGAAGUGAGACUCGGAUGAACUGCUACUGCUCAGCCUGUGGUCUUCCAAACCUUUAGAUGAACCCGAACCACAGACGAGAGAUCAAGUAAAAAGAGCACUUAAGACUCACAAUGUACUACUGAGAACAUUGAAGCGAAGAGAAAACACUGAAACGCGACGAGGGGGGACAUUGUUCGUCUGGGGUCCACUGCUGAAUCUGCAAAGCCUCGCUCAGUAGAUUUGCUAUUUUAAGGCAGCGUGCAUAUCAGUAAAGGAGAUAAAUAGCCUCGCUGAUCUUUGCCCUUAUCAAGCAACCGUCCGACUGCCGGCGAGGUAAAGGGCAGACGUGAGAGAUUUUCAACAUACGUCCAGGGAGUUGAGCUCGUUUUCUGCCUCUGGCAAGCUGCAGGUCUCCCAUGGCAACAGGUUUACUGCCCACUGUAGACCCACAGGAGGCUGCUGAAGAUGCUGUUGUUUCUUUUGUUGUUUAAUUUUUUUUUUCUUUGUGUCGUGUUAUUUUUAUUUUUUUUUACAAUCGGAGUACACUGAAUUUUUUUUGUCUUAAUGCACUGUGAAGCGAGGGAGCGGUUCUCUCGGCCUAUGAGGUCAGGGAUGUGUGCUGUAGACGGCAUCGUUGAUUGGAUGGCUUUUUGUAUGGCAGGGAAUUUAAAAAAAAAACUACAAAAAAAUAAAACCACACAUAUAUGAAAUAUAUGUAGAAUGCAUAUGAAGAACUUCACCAGAAUUGCACGUCAUAUCUGAAUACUGAAGGAGGAGAAAGAGACUAGGUCGAUGAAGAGGAUCAAUCAAUUGAGGUCAAGAGUUGAGAUCAAUUAGAUUCCACUUAACUGUUGUCUUGGAAAAGUGUUUUGUAAUCAGAGGGGUGGGAUGUUGGGGGAGUGUUAGGUGUCCAGUAGAAGAUUAAAGAGACUGGAACAAAUUCUAAAUUCACUUUUCUAUCGCAGCUGUGUCUUUUUCAUAACCGGUUCAAAAUUGAUGAUGUGCUGUACAUCCGAUGGGCAAAUCCCUGGACAGAAGUCCAACAGGAGUCGAAGUGUGACCGAAUGUAAACAUGCCAAACAUGAGGAGGGGGUUGCAUUUGAUUUAUUGACCUAAACAGCCCGGUGAGGGGAGGGAACAAACUUUUCUGAUUCUGUUUUUAAACCAAUCCGACCCCAAAAUCCUCCACUGUGCUAUCGAAUGUGUCACUCUCUGUUGGAGCGCCAGUGAGGGUUUAUCUCCACAGCUUGGUAAGGAGGCUUCUUUACUCCCAUCUAACACCAUCCACACUCUCCUCACCCUCCUUCCCACCCGUCCUCAGUCCUCCAGUGCACUCCCAUCCUGACACUCCCUCUCCUCCUACCACAUCGCUCCAUGGGUGACUAUGUCUGGUGUUUACGAUCAAUGCAUGUCUGCUGCUUGCCCUGACAAAACACCACAGAUCGAGUCUCUCUUCUCUUUGCCUCCUCGGGGCGGCCGAGGCUCGGAGACGCCUCUGAUUGCACCACCCAUCAGAAAAAGAAAAACGACCACACCUGCAGAGGAAGUCGUAGUUGAGGCUGACAGGGCACAAACACUCUUCACUGUAGUUUGGAUCAGUGCGUUUCACUUCACACAUUAAAGGGAAACAUUUGCUGCACAAACAUGAAACACACACAUAUUGUGAGGGAAUAUUUUGUCGUUUACGGGGUUUGACUGGAUUUAUCUUUGAUAUUUUGUGGCAGAAACCUCGUCGGGUUUCUUCUGUAGGGAGAUGGUGUGCUUUUGUUCCACUGUAGAAGUUCACUGUGCUGUAACAACCAGUUUAUUUGGUGGAUUGAGCAGCUUGAUUUAUUAUUUAUGGAGCAAACAUUUGCCAGACGUGAGUCAGCUGUCGAUUAUGAUCAGAAAUGUGUUAAUAAAUUUGAAUAUUUUUGGACUUUGGGAGCUUGUGACAGACGUUUUUAUACACUGAACAAAUCUUCAAUGAAUCAAAAUUAAGAUUUGAAGAUGAAUUAUUAAUUAUUAGAUUCAUUAUUUAGACCUUUAGUUGCUGGUUUUUGGUCAGCCUGACUCGCCCUGCGUGCAGCACGGUGCGUCCACAGUGGAAAAACUGCACUGAAACUCUGUUGCCAGCCGAGUUGAUGAACACGGGACGGAUUACUUUUUCUCCUCAUCAUGAAUUAAACUUUAGACAUUAUUUGGUUUGGUCUUUUACACGGCGGCCAAUCUCUUUAGUCAUCUUAAUGUUAGGGGGUCGAGAUAAAAUGUGACGAGUACUGGAAGCAAUACACGUAGUGGCAUGUUGUCUUGUCCUGCCCUUUAUCCUCUGUCUGCCGUAGGAGCUUUUGGAUUUACCUGUAGAUGUUGAAUAGGUUUACAUGAGUAAAAAAACAUUUGUUUUGAAUUUGUGGAAAAUGCUGCUAUUUAAUAAUAACUGAUGUACUAAAAAUACAAGGUUAAAAACAUAUCGAAAUCUGUCCUUUAGCUGGAAAAGGCUAGUCUCAAGUGGCAGUGUAAUACACGCUCUGUUAUAAGCUCACGAUAAGUUAAUAAUAGUGUAAUUCUAACCUGAACAAGUUAAACCUGUGCCAAAAUAGGUCUUUACAGAGUGAAACUGUAAAUGUGUUGAUGACUUAAACCACAUUAGAUAAGAGGAGACAUACUUUUAUAUUAAGAAAAUGUGAAAAGUGCCAAAUGAACCAUAUUUAUAAUUUACAUAGGACAGGAAGAACUAGGUAGACUAACGGUGGAAGCGCCUCAGUAUAGCAGUUUGUUUAAGCCCUCUCUGUUCCUGCCACACGAGGAGGGACCGCCAUGUUAGCCAAGUGUUAGCCAGUCCUCUGGGAACUACACGUCCCAGAAUGCAACAGCACUAUGACUCUGGGGCUAGACAAAUCAAUAUAGCGAUAGGUUUAGCAUAAUUAUGCUAAGAAAAAAUGUGACUUGAUAGCAUUCUUAAAUACAGCCUUUUAUAGUUACGAUGAAAAUGUAUUUUGUGGAAAUAGAUGUUAUCUUUUUUGCACGUCUAUAUUGCAUGAUAUCAAAGUGAAGCGUGGACACGAAAAAAAAAGGGAAAACAAAAAAGAAAACACAAAAAAAAAAACACAAAAAAUAAAUAAUUAGGCAGUGUGUGUCAUUCAUUUUCCGGAGUCAAAUCUUUGCAUGCCGAUAAGGGUAGAGCAUUUUGAUAUUGUUUUACACGCGUUCAAAUGUUCGUUGUUUUUUCCGAAGCGACCACUUUGAGUCCUGGUCCACCUGGCCAAAGGUGAACAAGAUGUUUCGAUUUUUUGACGUCACAAUAGAAUGAGUAUUUUGUCGUUAAGUUGUCUAACCAUCCUCUAAGGGAUCUGAAUAAAACUCUCGAACAAACCUAAGACUAUUUUGCUACUUGCUGAGCGAGCUUCUACUAAAAAAAAACAACAAAAAAAAACUUUUUCUCAGUUGCUACCUAACUUUAGAAAAAGGAGGAAAAAAAAUAAUAAUAAUAAUCAGGAUUUAAUUUCAAAGAUUGUCCAUGAAUGUACUCACCUCUGCAUAAGUUUGCAUAUCACUCCUCUGACCACUGACGUGCAGUAGAAGCUUGUGUGUGUUUUCGUGUGUUUUUUGUACUCUAACAUUACUAACCCUCGGCGCGCUGUGUCGAGCUCUCAGUAUAACUCUUUGUUGUCUGUCCUUUGACCCCCUCACUCUGAGCUCUGGCUUGUCUUGUCAUUGAUAUGCACCUUAUUGACCUCAAAUAUGACAUGGAGCAUCGCCGCCCCCCCCGCCCACUGUGUUUCAGGGGAGGGAUUUGUAAAGAGAGAGAGAGAACGAGAGGUUAAAUCUCCUCCCUCCCUUCCUCACCUACAAAUCCCCCCUAAAAAAAAACACACACAGUCUGUCUGCUGCGCUCCCUCGGGUGCCUCGCUGCAGAAUUUGGGACAGAUUGUGUUUUCACUCCCUUAAUAUGCAAUCCAAGGCUCUGAUCUCGGAGAGAGAAACAACACUGAACAUUGCCAGUGUGUUUCCAAUGUUUGGACUCAUGCUCUCUCUCUUUCUCUCUCUCUCUCUCUUUCUCUUUCUCUUCCCACUUCAGUUCAAUUAGAUGCUUUAUUGGCUUCAGCGUCAAACAAAAAAAAUUGCCAAAGUCUGUCCACCUCUCUCUCUCUCUCACUCCCCUCAUUCCUUAUUAUGCAACCAGAAACCACAGUAUUUUCAGUGUGGUCAUGUUUUGUAUCCUGGCAGAUGUUGUCAUGGGAAAUGGCCCGCUUCCUACAAAAAAAAAAAAAUCGAAAUUUCCAUUUCUGCUCCUAGCGACAUGUUUGCACUAAACUCUCUGCUGUUCUUGUGCAUGGCAGGCCGAGCUGAGGUGGGGGUUUGUGUGCGAGACUACUGUAGAUGUGUAGCCUUACUGUAGGUGUUUAUUCAGCAGUGUAUUUAGCUGUGCAUGCUCCUCUCUCCCUCUCUCUCUCUCUCUCUCUCUCUCUGUCUGCUUUAGGCCAGCUCCGUGCUCGUGGUGUCUGUGUUUUUGCGACGUAGCCGGCUAGUCUUGUGUUUUUUUUCCUUUUCUCCUGUUUUUUAUUACUGUGAUGUGUAGAGGAAUGCAAACUUAACUCUCACCUGCUCGCCAGGUGACCUCAUCGCUUCUCAGUGGGUGUGGCUCUUCGACAUAGUCCUCAGAUCUUGUUUGCCCCCCUCCCUACCCCCCCCCGCCACAAACCCCGCCUCCACAAACUCAAACCCACUCUCACCCACACCCACCACUGACCCUCCCACCUUCUUCUACAACAUAUUAUGGGACCCCCGCUGUCUCCCCCCCUUUUUUCCACCUCCACCCUUUCCUCCCGCCCCCCAACUCGGGCCCCAUCGAAGCACCAGCAACUGUAGACUGCAUUUGUCAUAUCACUGUUUUUCUGUUCCUUCUUCUCGUUCUCUGUUGAUUUUUUUUCCUGGUUUUGAUUUGUACUGUAUGCUCUGUCUAACCUAGACCAGUUUUAACAAAAUGCCAUUUCUGUGUGUAGCCUGUUUACCCCCUCCCACACACACACACACACACACACACACACACUCUUCCAUGCCCUCUUUUUUGCACUUUCACUGCCCACUCCUCCUCCUCGCCCAAACAUUACACACACACACACUUCUUUCCUCCUCCGCCUCCCACGAGUCUCUUCUCUCGAGUGCCAAAAUAGAACAGAGAGGAAAAAAAAAAAACUAAACAAAACAAAACAAAACAAAAAAAAGACAACAACAACAACAACAACAACAACAACUACCAUUCCAAGCGUUUCUUUGAGUUGUUCUUGUGUGUCGGACAUCCAUCCUGGAAGCACCCAUGAAGCCAGCAUGCUCCGCCCUCAUAACAUGAUGUCGCUCAUGACGCCUCAACUGAACAGCACCUUGCCCCCCACCACCACCACUCCUCCUCCUCCUCCUCACCACCCCCCACAGAGCUAAACCCGACAAGGAUUAACCCCUCUGCAGGUUGGCUACCUACCUACUGUCCUGCCUCUCAACCUACCUUAAAAAAAAAAAAAAAAAAAAAAAAAAAAAAAAA